AUGCAACGCCUUAUCAAAGAAGACGAAGCAGCAGUUGGCGCAGAUGAGGUCGAAGUACGAAGAGAAGAUCAAGACAAAAUCAAUCGGUUCAGUCGUUUACAUCAACGAGAAAUUGGGCUGGAAGAUGAGUUAAAGUCGAAACAUAAAGAAAAGGAGGACCUCGACGAUGUUUCGGGGGAGCUUGAAUUGGCAGACGAAGAUGAGAUGAUACCUUACAAAAUCGGAGAUUCAUUCAUAUCCUUACCACUGCCAGAAGUACAAGAACUCCUUACAAAAUCGACCGAGAACAUCGAGGAGGAAGUAAUAUUGGUGGAAGGAAAGCUUAGUACAAUUAGGGAGGAGAUGACACAACUGAAGGUGGAAUUGUAUGCCAGAUUUGGUCGAAGUAUUAAUCUGGAGACAUAG